AUCUAAGCCACUGCCUGUCAGGCUGCUCCGUUUAUGCGCUCUGCUCUGCGCUGCUCUCCUUUCCUCUCCUCUCCUCUCCUCUCCCCUCUGUGCCACACUGCACUGCAUUGCACUGCUCGUCUCUCCUCUCCUCACAUCUCCAUCUCUCCUCCUUCUCUUUCUCUCCUUCUCUUUCUCUACCUGCAUCCCUCACCCACUAACCGCUCUUAUCUGUGCUGUGCAUUGCUGCGCUCUGCUCCAUUCUUUGGGAAAAUACUGUACACUCUGGGUUUUUUUGCGCCAGAGCUGAGUACACCUCAGCUGCUGGUGGAAGAGGAACCAGAUGCUCCUGGUGCUCCAGGUCUCACUUGCCUUGGAUUCUUUGGAUCUGUUUGAGCCAGAGAGGAGAAGAGGGCAGGAAGGGGGAGGCGAGAGGGCACAGAGCUGCCCUGGUGAGAGCUUCAUUUGGUUGGGGAAGUAAAGGCUUCAAGGUGGUGGCGGUAGUGGUUGAUGGUUGUCCGUCAAGGGUCAUGCCCUGGGACUUGCAAGCUUUUCGGCAGUUGGAGUUGGAGACCCUCUCCCAUUUUUGCCCCCCUAGUGGGGCAGCAUUGAUCCUGGUGCCGGGAAAAACCUUGGGGCACCAGUGGCUGCAUCGUGAAAAGUGGACACCAUGAACCAGCUGGACGCACCACGGCCACUCAACUGGACCAUCAGAAAACUGUGCCAUGCAGCCUUCCUGCCAUCUGUACGCCUGCUAAAGGCACAGAAAUCGUGGAUAGAAAGAGCAUUCAGCAAGAGAGAAUGUGUUCAUAUCAUAGUGAGCGCCAAAGACCCCCAUAGGUGCUGUUGUGGUCGUCUGAUAGGUCAGCAUGUGGGCUUGCCACCAGGCAUCUCCUCCAGUCAGAAUGAUAAGGCAGAGCGUUUGGCCAAGAAUGACAGCCUGUCAGAGAAGUGGUCAAUCAGCAAGCACACACAGCUCAGCCCCACCGAUGCCUUCGGCACCAUUGAAUUCCAGGGAGGAGGACACUCCAACAAAGCCAUGUACGUGCGAGUGUCGUAUGACACCAAACCUGACCUGCUGCUCCACCUGAUGACCAAGGAGUGGCAGCUGGAUCUGCCCAAGCUGCUUAUCUCAGUCCACGGGGGCCUGCAGAACUUUGAAUUACAGCCUAAACUCAAGCAGGUCUUUGGCAAAGGGCUCAUCAAGGCUGCCAUGACAACAGGAGCCUGGAUAUUCACCGGAGGGGUUAACACAGGGGUCAUUCGCCAUGUGGGAGAUGCACUGAAGGACCAUGCCUCAAAGUCAAGGGGGAAGAUCUGCACCAUCGGUAUUGCUCCAUGGGGCAUCGUUGAAAAUCAAGAGGACCUAGUUGGCAAAGAUGUGGUGCGCCCGUACCAGACCAUGUCCAACCCUCUGAGCAAGCUGACGGUUCUGAACAGUCUCCAUUCCCACUUCAUCCUGGCAGACAAUGGCACCACGGGAAAGUACGGUGCUGAGGUCAAGCUUCGGCGCCAGCUGGAGAAACACAUCUCCCUCCAGAAGAUUAACACGCGUAUUGGCCAGGGUGUGCCUGUGGUGGCUCUCAUCGUCGAGGGAGGCCCUAAUGUCAUCUCCAUAGUGCUGGAGUACCUCAGGGACACUCCUCCCGUCCCUGUGGUGGUGUGUGAUGGCAGCGGCAGAGCCUCAGACAUCUUGGCCUUUGGACACAAAUACUCUGAGGAGGGAGGAAUAAUUAAUGAGUCUCUAAGAGACCAGUUGCUGGUGACCAUCCAGAAGACUUUUACCUACAGCCGCACACAAGCCCAACAUCUUUUCAUCAUCCUCAUGGAGUGCAUGAAGAAGAAGGAGCUGAUAACAGUUUUCCGGAUGGGGUCGGAGGGUCAUCAGGACAUUGACCUUGCCAUCCUCACUGCAUUACUCAAAGGUGCCAAUGCUUCGGCCCCGGACCAGCUGAGUUUGGCUCUGGCGUGGAACAGAGUGGACAUCGCACGCAGUCAGAUCUUCAUCUACGGACAGCAGUGGCCUGUUGGUUCUCUGGAGCAGGCGAUGCUGGAUGCCUUAGUCCUGGACAGAGUGGACUUUGUCAAGCUGCUGAUUGAAAAUGGAGUCAGCAUGCACCGCUUCCUCACACUUUCCAGACUUGAGGAGCUCUACAACACGCGACAUGGACCAUCAAACACGCUGUACCACCUUGUCAGAGAUGUCAAAAAGCAAGAAUAUCCAGGGUUCAGUUGGAUCUACUUCAAGGGAAACCUGCCCCCGGACUACCGCAUCAGCCUCAUUGAUAUUGGACUGGUCAUUGAAUACCUUAUGGGCGGUGCAUAUCGGUGUAACUACACCAGGAAGAGAUUCAGGACACUGUACCAUAACCUCUUUGGACCCAAGAGGCCCAAAGCCCUGAAACUGCUGGGGAUGGAGGACGACAUGCCAAUCCGCAGAGGCCGCCAGAAGACGACGCGUAAACGAGAAGAGGAGGUGGACAUCGACUUGGACGACCCGGAAAUCAACCACUUCCCUUUCCCCUUCCACGAGCUGAUGGUGUGGGCCGUGCUUAUGAAGCGGCAGAAAAUGGCGCUGUUCUUUUGGCAGCAUGGCGAGGAGGCCAUGGCCAAGGCCUUGGUGGCGUGUAAGCUCUGUAAGGCCAUGGCACACGAAGCAUCUGAGAACGACAUGGUGGAUGACAUCUCCCAAGAACUGAACCACAACUCCAGGGAGUUCGGCCAACUGGCAGUAGAGCUCCUGGAUCAGUCCUAUAAACAAGACGAGCAGAUGGCCAUGAAGCUGCUGACAUACGAGCUGAAGAACUGGAGCAACGCCACCUGCCUGCAGCUGGCGGUAGCGGCGAAGCACCGAGACUUCAUCGCCCACACCUGCAGUCAGAUGCUGCUGACCGACAUGUGGAUGGGACGCCUGCGCAUGCGCAAGAACUCAGGCCUGAAGGUAAUCUUGGGGCUGCUUCUGCCACCGUCCAUCCUGAGUCUGGAGUUCAAGAACAAGGAUGAGAUGUCCUACAUGCCCCAGGAUCAGGAUACCUAUCUGCAAGAGAAGGAGGAAGAGGAGCCUGAGAAACCGGUCAAGGAGAAGGAGGAAGAAGACAUGGAGUUCACAGUAAGAUCUUACUGUGAGACGCAGUACAACUCCGUGGCUAUGCUGGGUAAGGUAACCACAGAGACAUCCAGAAAGAAGGAUGUUGAGGAGGUUCAGAACCGCCACCGUCUUAUCCCCAUGGGACGCAAGAUAUACGAGUUCUACAACGCUCCAAUUGUCAAGUUCUGGUUCCAUACGAUGGCAUACGUGGGCUACCUGAUGUUGUUUAACUACAUCGUCCUGGUCAAGAUGGACCUGUGGCCUUCUCCCCAAGAGUGGAUUGUCAUCGCUUACAUCUUCACCAACGGCAUUGAGAAGAUGAGAGAGAUCCUGAUGUCAGAGCCAGGAAAGUUGUUACAGAAGGUGAAGGUGUGGCUCCAGGAGUACUGGAACAUCACAGACCUCAUGGCCAUCCUCAUAUUCUCUGUUGGCAUGGUUCUGCGUCUCCAGGAUCCGCCGCUCAUGAACUACGGCCGGGUCAUCUACUGCGUCAACAUCAUCUAUUGGUACAUCCGGCUGCUCGACAUCUUCGGAGUCAACAAGUACCUGGGUCCCUAUGUGAUGAUGAUUGGCAAGAUGAUGAUCGACAUGAUGUAUUUUGUAAUCAUCAUGUUGGUGGUGCUGAUGAGCUUUGGGGUGGCGCGUCAGGCCAUCCUCCACCCUAACGAGGAUCCGUCCUGGAUGCUAGCUAGGAACAUCUUCUUCAUGCCUUACUGGAUGAUCUACGGAGAGGUGUUUGCCGACCAGAUCGACCAUAUGCAUAGUAGGAAGUUACAGCACAGGCUGAAUGAAAAACUCUGGCUGGUCGAAAAUUACUUUCGAACUCACGGAACCUGGCGUAAUAAUGGUCCAUUCCACAUUGCCCAGUGCAGUCAAAAUCCCACUCCGUGUGGGCAGAACAUCACAGAGGACGGGGUGGUGGUGACCCUGCCUCCCUGUAAGACGGGUGCUUGGAUCGUCCCAGCGAUCAUGGCUUGCUACCUGCUCGUGGCCAACAUCCUGCUGGUCAACCUGCUCAUUGCUGUGUUCAAUAAUACGUUCUUCGAGGUGAAGUCCAUCUCCAACCAGGUGUGGAAGUUCCAGCGCUACCAGCUCAUUAUGACUUUCCAUGAACGCCCAGUCCUCCCUCCGCCCCUCAUCAUCUUCAGCCACAUAACCAUGGUCCUCAAGCAUCUGUGCUGUCGCUGGCGCAAGCAUGAUGAUGACGAGAGGGACUAUGGACUGAAGCUCUUCAUCACAGAGGAUGAGCUGAAGAAAGUCCAUGAUUUUGAGGAGCAGUGUAUAGAGGAGUACUUCAGAGAGAAAGAUGACAGAUUCCACUCCUCUAAUGAUGAGAGAAUCAGAGUCACCUCUGAAAGGGUGGAGAACAUGGCGAUGCGUUUGGAGGAAGUCAACGAGAGGGAGCACUUCAUGAAGGCAUCACUGCAAACUGUUGAUAUCCGUCUCGCCCAAAUGGAGGAGCUGAUUGGGCGGAUUGCCGUCGCGUUGGAGCGCGUGACAGGCGUUGAGCGCGGGGAGGUCAACAAAGUGCGUUCGCGGACUUCGUCUGACUGCACAGACUCUGCAUACAUUCUGCGGCAGGCCGAGUGCCCAGAAUCAGCAUACAUCCUCCGCCAAAGCAGCUUUAAUAGCACGGAGGGGAAUGCCUACCGCCUACAGGAAGCACUUGAGGGAACAGCUGAGGGCUCCAUGUCCCCUCCCUCUCCUACUGGCAUGGCUACACGGACAAGGAGUCACUCGUUUUAUGUUGGGGGUGGUCGUGUUAGUGAACGUUCAAGUGGGGCUGAGCGAGCUGAAAGCUUCUUCAAAGAGCGCUCACUCAGCCUCCACCGAGCCAACAGCUCACAGUCUGUGUCCUCGGCUGCCGCCACCAAGGAGUCUAAGCCCCUCCCCCUGGCGACGCUGUCGGUCUCCCAGCAGCACCGUCCUUCAUCAUGCAUUGAUAUCUAUGUCUCAACUUCUGAGGAAGUGGGCCCUGCGGAAGUCUUUCUAGAUCCUCUGCGUGUGGUCCCACCGCUCCUGAGAGACUCCUCGCUGCAGUCAGAUAUCAUGGAGACGAUGCUGCCUGGAGGCCGGGAGUUCACCAGCGCUGCCACCAGCGGUUUGGGCGACAGGCACUCGGAGGGCGGCGCGGGCAGUAGUGGGACAGCUGGAGCGAUGUUUGACGACAGCGCGGCUGCUGAUUUGUCGUUGUGCUCAGCACACCUCUUACCAGACACCACCUUACCUCCCUGGGACAUGGAACCAUCCCCUCCACCCUCGGCAGGUCUGCUUGAACGCUCUAAGAGCAGCCGCUACCUCUCUGCAGCAGGCACAGCAUUCCUGGACGAGCCUCCUCUGGUCAAGUCCCACAGCCUCAUGUUCACGCCGAGAGCCUGCUAUGGUGGACUUGGGGCAGGCGUCCAGGUUAAGGCUGCAGAAUACACCAGCAUUACUGACUGCAUCGACACACGCUGUGUCUCAGCUCCAUACACCCCUGCAGAACGCUCACAAUCACCCGGAGGUUCUACUUCAUUCCCCUUUGAUAAGCCGUCAGACAUUGGUUCCUCUCACCCAGAAAGAGAGGCAGAGCUUAGUCACACAGAGUCUGAUCCAGAAGACCCUGAGGACCUGAUUCCAGGCCCUGACACCCCUCGCCUAGGGGUUCUUGGUGGUCCCAGUGGGGCCCCUCUCUGCUCCCCCUUCUCCAAGCUAGAGCGAGCGAACAGCUGCUCUUCAGAUGACUCCCAUCCUUCCCUCACGCUGGCCCCUCCGCACCGGAAGAGCCUGUCGGUGAGUGAGAGGAUGGAGAGGGGGUCGAGCCUGGGGGCAGACAGGGGGCCUGGGCCUGGGGGGCGGGGUCUGGCAGGAACCAGAAACCCCUUCCUCAGGAGCAAGUCAGGAGCAAGGCCUGAAACAGCUAAGACUGACAGCCUCUCCAUGAGGAAGCUGGCUACUCCGUCAGCGUUCCGCAGCUUUGACAGACAAAACUACACGUGACAAGGACACGUCAGUGCACUCACACACUGUUAGGACCAGAGAGGAAAACUGAAAGGGCAAAUGUAAAAGCAGGGUGAAGUUGCCCUUAGAUGCUGGUCUGGUCCACAUCUAGAGUUUUUUUUCCACUCAAUGUUUUAGGUUAGAAAGUUUCUUCAUAGACAGUAUUAAAGGGCAGCUUUACCCUGAAUCAAAAAAUCAACGGGGAACAGGAAGGAAGAUGUAGGGGUCCUUCUGUACACCAGUCAAAACAAAGAGCUAUGAAUCUAGACUAGUUUUUACCUCCUGUAGCUAAGUAACUCUCAGUGGAGUGAUAUGAAAAUGGAAGGUGUAUUUGUACUGUAUGUCUUCCACCUGCCACCUUUACAUCAAGUAGACAUCUGUCACUGUGUUACAUCACAUAUCAGUCAGGCUAGUCAAAGUAUACUGUUACUCCUAGAGCUGCAUUAUAUGGUAGACGCUGUGAAGUCUUCAGAGUGAGAGAGGAGAAAGGAGGAACACAUAGCCACCUCAUCUUGUCAUUCUGUCUAAGCAUAUAGUCGUUACUCCACUGUCCUCUCUUUACAUCACCUAACUCCAACAAGACCAUCCCACCAAAAUGCAGAAACAAGCCAACAUUUCUGGCUGCUUCAUGAAGGAAAGCAUGAAGGUUUUGGAUUUAACUGCACUUCCACAUACCCGUAACAUAGCAACAACUUACCUCUGGAUAGACAAACACACUGACCUGAAUAUUAAGUUCAUUUUUCAAGAGAAUAAGACUAAUGAUUAAUAUUUGGUUGCAUCAGAGAGGAAAUGGCACUCGUUUUGGUCUGUGGGCUAAAAUAACGCCGACAGAACUGUUGUCAGUUCAGCCUGAAACAGAAAGCAGAGCUUGAACUCACUCUAGUCAAAAAGUCGUUUCUCUGUCAUGUGUCUCCAGUCAGCUCAUGCUUAAGGCAUGAUUCUGUCUCAAGUGAGGAGUAUAGUCUCUGCUUUGAAGGCCAGUGAAAUGGCUGUGGUACGGAUAUUAUCUAUUACCACACAUACGUGGUCAGGGAAAUCCUACAUAUCAAGAGACAAGUUCACACCCGAUCCCGGAGAGCUUUAACAAGUGCAAUUGCAAAAUAUGAGGACAAGAGGGCGCCAUGAGCCCAUGUCAGAGGCAGCGAUGCUUGCUGGGCGAAACUGAUAUGAACCUUCUUUGCCUGCACCUGACACCAAAAAUCUCUCCACACUGAGUCGUAGCUCUCUUGUAGCCCUUCAGGUUUCGGCGGUGGCAUUAUUUUGCAAUGGUUUUACAUCCAACUACAUCUAAUGGAUCCGUCCUUCAUCUGUUCCACGCCUGUCACGCAUUUGUUGUUCACCUUUAUUUUAUUUUGUUGCAUUCAAACCAAACCAGUGCAAAAGGAGACUUAAAAAGAAAGCAACUGUCCAAUGGUUAAGGUGAGUUUUAAUCAUAUACAGGUAAUGAAGAGAAAGAGCAAAUUUUUUGAUUUACUCAACAAAAGCUUGGGAAGUAUAUGCAUUCUAGCUGAGAUUUAAGGAAGGUAAUUUAAGAAAGAUUUUAAGUGGCGUGGAGGAGGAAACGUGGGGUUAGUAUAAUUAUAAUUAUUAUUUAAAGACGAAAGCCAGAUCAGUGUUGAAAUUUUUCUCUUUUUUAUUGUAAUGAAAGAAGUCUGGAGGAGAAAAUGUCUUUCUCUGGUAGCUUUGUAAAAAUAAGAUAAGGUGAAAUUGAUAGCACUCAACUGAUUUUUAAUGUUUCUUUUAUAUUUUCUCACUAUUACAACUCAGUUUAAUCAUGUUGCAAUUCUUUUGAGAUUGAUUGAUUCUAUUUAUUGAUAUUUUUUCUUGCCCAUUAUUGAUAAUUACGGUAAAUGCCUGUUUGAAUUACAAAAUUAAUAUUUAUAUCUUCUCAGUGAUAUUUUUGUCAAAUUUUAAGUAUUUUCUAAUUAACCUUUUAAAAUUAAUAAAAGAUGAUCAUCUACAUGCACUAAAUGAUGAUGUAUUAUAUUAUUUAUUGAAUAUAGAAUUGUCUGAUAAACUGUACAUUUCAAUCAUAUUUAAAGUAUUUAAAGUAGUUUUUAUCGUAUGUUUUAUCAAGCAGCUUAUGAGAAUUUUCUAAUGUUGACAUGGCAAUACGCUAGUUGCCAGUAUACCAAACUUAGGGUGCCUUUUGGGCAUGGAUGGAGUAUGUGGGGACUGAAGUGAUUCAAAAAUCUGUGAAAUUUCUCAUCUUUGUCUUUUCUUCUCUUUUCAUAGAGGCUAAAAUUUUAUUUUAUUUAUUUUCUUAUAGACAUUUGUUGCUUUCAUCUGAUGUACAGGGUGGAUGAAAUGUUAUUAGUUGACUGUAUCAUUGCUUGUAUGGGCAUUUAUUUGAAUUCACCAAAAAAAACAACAAAAAAAAUCUCACUGAGAAUAAUACUUUCAUAGAUUAAGAAAAAAAAAUGUUUGCACGAGAAAUUGAGACAUAAGGAUAUAGCGUCUCCAUACAUGGUGCUGUUGCAGUAAAUCUUCUUUCUUUCUUGAACUGAAUGAUCUGACUUAUGUGUGUCACAGACCAAUCUGAUGAUCCCAACAUCUAGACUGUUAAAUGCCCCCAGAUGAUAUUGCUUCAAUUAUUUAGAGCUAAAAAAAAAAAAAUACAUAUAGUGAACAACUGUAACCUGACCUUUCCUUAUAAAAUCUGUGGACUGUUCUUUUAACCUGGUAAGGAUCGGGAACUUUGAACAGAUAAAUCACUAAAAAAACACCUCAGUGGCAUGUUGUGGCCAGACGACGCUACAGAACAUCAGAUUUGGUAUCUCUGCUACAUAACCUACUAAACUCUGAUACCUAAUAUGUAGGUUAGUGUGUUUAAGAGAUGAACGGUUGACCCCAGGUCAGUGCUCAGGGACAAUAUUACCCCAGUGAUGCAAGGAGUAUAUCAUGGAAAGAAAGAAAGAUAUAAGUUCGUCUUGAGCAGAAGGCACCCAAUAUUAUCACUGUGCUUUAUGAGUCUAACCCAGAAUCUUUGUGGUCGUAGGAAACAUAUAUAUUUGAUGUCUUCAGAAAUGGCAAUAGUAGUAUGAAUGAAUGUCUUGAUCGAUUUGUCCACCCACAGGGGUUUAAAAUUCAAACAAAGCCAACUUAAGGCUGCGUUUGGUGUAUGGAAAAGCGUGUUUGGGACCAAACCAAACUUUGUCAAACCAUAUGGCAACAAGCUGAGUCGCACCAGUUGUCUACACAGCUGUGGCACGCAGGGUUAGCCAAGCAAAGCUCAGUUUUACAAAGUGUGAAAACAGAUGACUGUGCUUGACUGAAAGUGUAGGCCCUCAAAUUUGGAGCACUAUCAAAGAAAGUUAAAAUAUUCUUUUAGAAUUCCUUUGUCCUUAUAGUAAGGAAUAUAAGACGGCAUCCGUGGGUUGUAUAAACUCUGUACAUUUAAAUGUUGACAUGGCUGUUGUGGAAGCUAUUGAUUAGAGGUGUGUGUGCGUGCAUAUGUAUGUAUAAAUCAACUGCAUGUCAACCCAGACAUGUAGAUGACACUAAGAAAUACAGGGAGGCACGCCAACACAAACAACUCAACACAAUCUCAGUGUACAGUAUUUUUAAAAUAUUUUCCUACACUAUAUCUUAGAGUUUUGGGGGACUCAAGAGAUGAUAAUCAACAGAUUUGCUCCGCUCCUAUAAACCUGUGACUCGUCAGCUGAAGAGAGUUUCACGCACAUGUUUUUUUUUUUUUUCUGCAAUAAUUGCUGAUGUUGUUCAACUAAAAGGGACUUUAUGUCUCUACUGGUCACACUUUAUUUAUUGUCCUUUAAAUGCAUGCAGUUCUUCCACUCAGACUGUACAGAGACGACCUGUAAUGACGACUGAGAGAAAGAUAGAGAGAGAUUAUUAUAUGAAAUCAAAGUAGUGAGUAUUUGGAUGCAAAUACAAAUCUGUAUUCUUCAAUGUGAAUAGGCUCAUGUCUGGCAUGCAUUGUUAAAUAAAGAAUUAAAUAGA